GACCUCGGUAUAUUGGCAAGAUACCGUAGAUUAUUAGUGAAUAUUGGAUUGAUAAGUAAAUCCACCGGCAAUUGUAAACAGCCAAAUAAUUAAUCCGCUAAUGAUCGCUAUUAAUCUGAAUAAUAUGUUAACAGUGGCUGAAGAGUGAUUGUUAAUUGAAGAAAAUAAACAUUCUAUCGAGAAAAUAUUUCCCUCGGCGUGACGGACUCACAUAGACACACACGAAUAAAAGAACAUUGAACCACAAAGUGAAAAUAAUCAGACAAAUUUUAGUGAUUACGAGAUAUUGGUGAAUCGAUCCCGGUAAAUAGACUGCAUUCAUCGGCAUCUUCCACGUCGCUAGGUUAUAGUUCAUCAGGACCAUCAAAUGUUGAUGAUGAGACAACAAUUGUUGUUGAUUUUUGUUGAACAAUCGGCAGGAAGUCUUCAUCGAGGUUUUUAGAGGUUAUUCCUGUUGGAGAUAUGGCUAAUGUCGAUUUUGAUUCGGAGCUCUUCGAGAAGAAGCUUCAUACUCUCAAAGACUCUCAGGAGUCCAUACAGAGUUUAUCUUCGUGGUGUCUCGAGAGACGAGAGCAUCACAAGAAAAUUGUUGCCACUUGGUUGCAAGUGCUGAAGAAGGUAAAAGUCGAGCACAGGCUGACGCUGUUCUACCUCGCGAACGAUGUGAUCCAGUACUCAAAACGAAAAAACUACGAGUUCGUGGAGUCCUGGGGGACGACUCUACAACGAGCUACGACGAUGGUCCGAGACGAGAAAGUGAAACACCGAAUCCUGCGAAUCUUCAAAAUAUGGGAGCAGAGGCAAGUCUACGACGAGGAGUUCCUCACAGACCUCUCAGGCCUCAUAUCAGCAGCUCCAAAGAAAAAAAUCGAUCCUCAACCGAUCAACGUCCCCGAGGAAUUUCAGGCUGCUCUCCUGAUCUCCACUAUGCGAUCCUGCUCGACCCUGGAGACAGCGACUGACGCUCGUCUGAAAGAUCUUCGAGACAGUAACAUCGAUAUUGACAACGCGGAGGAGCUCUGCGCCUCCUUGAAAGACCGGAGAAGAGUCGAGGACGCCGAGAAGGAAGUGGAAACAGCUGUUAGAAAUAUCGAGAAUUACGUUCGCGCCCUGGAGGCUGAGAUUCGAGAACGAGCACAAGUUCUGGAGUUGUUGGAACAAGCUGAUCAGUUCUACGAGACCCAGAGGGGCGAAGUCAAGAUCGUCACCAAUGCUUACAGAAAUUUUGGCAGCAGAGUAAAGAACCUGAAGAAGAAGCUGGAUGAACUCCUGCCAACGUUGACCUCUCCAAUUCCAUCACCAGACGUCAAUGCACCAUCACCCAGUCCUGACAGUGACAUUGAACUCCCUGGAGACGAUCAGAACAUGAGUUCAGUACUGGAGGUGGUGCCACCAUCGAUGUAUGGAUCCUACAGUCAGGAUUACGAGCCCAUGCCAGUGCCAGCUCCUGAUUCCUCCCAGGGGAACAGUUCCAAUGACUUUACGAGCAAUUUCUCGUCGUUUAUUGGUGGAAAUAUGGACUUUGACAUGCGGAGUCUGUUUAACGAGAAAUCCCCUGGGGGCAGUCAGAUUUAUAAUGAGGCUAUGCCCAUUGAAGUCAUCAAUAUGAGACCCUCUAAGGUGGCACCUGGUGAGGAGUUCUCCUCGGGGAAUUUUCUCAAAGUUCCUGAGGCAAACAGAGCCACGAGUUCUGGAGGAAUUCCUGGGUUGGGCCUUGAUGUUCCUGAACCGAGGACAGAGUCACCUCAGAGACCGGAUUAUGCGCAUCUGGAGAGACAAGUUGGGACUACUACUCCCCGGAUGAUUGGGGCACAGGGAGAGAGGAUUACCCACAGCACACCCUUGGCGCAUGGAGCUGGAUAUUCCAGGGAGAAGACACCCUUUGAGGAAGGCGGUGGUACUGCUAAUCCUUUGCCACCUCCACCACUUCCUCCACCCAUAUUCCUGGAGGAGGACGGGUGCUACAAUAAAUUGCCACCGAAAUUUCCCACCUGGACACCAGCUAAUGACGGAGCCAAGGAGGAGAUCAAGUGGCAGACAGGAAAAAAUUCCUGGUCUAACGACAAUGGAGAAAGCGAGCGUUGGGAGUCCCCGAGUGAGCCAACCUGGUCAAAUGGUAUGAGAGGCAAGCCUAAUCUGUCAGAGACACCGGAAUCACCUCCGAUAUACGAAAAAUCGAGCUUCAGAGAUCCUGUGCAAUACAACGAUCCCCAAACGCAGGAGCCCAUACUCAGCAGUGCUGCUGAUGUAGAUCACAGGGUUAUACCACUUCCUAUGCCUCCUGAUGGUCAUCUUCCUCAUCGUUUGAUGAAAGGAGCUGAUGUCGAUCAUCGGAAUCUCAUCAGUUUAACCGGUAGUCCAGCAAAUAAUUCUGCUAAUUCCAACGAAUCACAAACACCAGGCAGUAAUAAUUUGUGGAGCAGUACUGAUCAAGAUUACAGACGACAAAUUCAACCUGGGGAUAUAGUAGAAUCGGUAGAUAUGGAGAUGUCGGACGAGGAAACGGAUUCGAAGCAAAAAAAUCGAAUUCUGGUGGACGUUCGUACUCAAGAUCGUGACAUGAGACCAGGUCCCCCUCAUCAUUUGGACAUGGACAUGCGAGUGAUUCCCCUGCCCUCUCCCAUACCACGAAAUCACCCACCGGACAUUCGAAACAUGCAUCCAGGUCCACCACUCCCACCUCUACCACCUUUCCGGCAAAAUCACCCAGAUUUUCCCCCUAAUCACCCGAAUUUCCGAGGUAACCUCAGCCUCCCACCCAAUUUUCUCCCUCCACAGCCCGACUUUUCCCCCGAUUUUCACCCAAAUCGACCGGACAUGUACGAUUUUCAGGAGAAUCAACGUCCAGACUUCCACGAUGAUCGUAGAUUUUCCCUCGAUCAUUUACCACAUCACCAACAACAUCACAGAGACUCUCCAAUGUUCGUGAGGGGUAGAGGACGUCCAUUUCCUCGUGGACGCCGUGAUAGAUUUCCAGAAAUACCACAAAAUCGUCGUCACAGGCCACAGGACACCCUAGAUCUCCAUCAAGAGCCACCACCUGGCAGACUAUCAGUCCUUCAGCCACCUGAGACUGUAGUAAUCCUGGAUGACAAUGGAAUGCCAAUAAUGCCAAGUCAAGAUGAUCCUCGUGUUCCCGAAGAGAUAAUAAAUAAAGACAAUGAAACACCAGGUGUUCAAUCAGUUGAAUCAGCAUCACCCAAGGAUUCCAAAGUAUCUCACAAUGAUCCUGAGGGUGAGAAAGACCCAGAGCUACCCGGAGACAGCGAAGAAAUUGCUAGUGAAGAGAGAUCGCAGGAGGGCUCAUUAACACGUGCUGAUGAGCCUCCUAAGAACCUCUCAGAACACCUGGAGGCACUGAUGAACUCAGGAAAGACUGCUGGGGUCAAUGAUCUCAAAAGACAAGCGUCCAAUGGAAUUCUCGAGCAGAUGGAUGAGGACAGGACGUCUCCCACGAGGAAGAGGGUUUUUAUGCCUAAUAAUGGGCCUCCAGAGCUGCAUCCCAUUCUUGUUUAUGACUACGAGGUUCAGCAUGGCAAUCCUAAUUUUAGGCCGAGACUGCCUGCACCUGUAUCUCCAGCUGCUGUGAGCCCUUUUGCUCCCUGGAGGGGCCCUGGACCUAUGCAGAGGGGCCGAGGGGGAUUCAGAGGAUCGCCAAGAGCACCCUGGAUGGACAGAGGACCCAGGGGACCUCCUAAUAAUUUUUCACCAAGAGGUGGCAAACGAGGGAGUCCUUUCAGGGGGAAUAAUAAUGGGAAUGGUGGAUUCAGGGGGAGGGGGAGGGCUGGUAAUUGGUAAAUUUUAAGCUCCGGUGAAGUGGUGGAUAGGAAUUCAUUCAGGUGGGGGGUGGUGGAGUAUAAUACAGUCAAUGAAAUCAUCUACAUCUUUUUGAAUGCUUUGUUAUAUCUGCAGUGAAGUGGGAAUUAGGAUGAGUGAUGCUUUUCAAGGCCAGUUUUUAACGAAUAUCUCGGUGUUCAAGGGAGAUGGGAUAAUUUUUGAAUAGAGAUCUUUUGUGGAGAAAAAGGAGAGCUAGAAAAAAGGUAUCUGUGAAAAUAGCACUAGCUUUUCGUAAUUCCACGGUAUUUGAGGAAAACUGCACUCGAAAAAAAGCACUUUCACUGUUUUAUCACUUCGAUACGGAUUUUAAGGUCAUCUGUCUGGGGAAUGAUUUCGAGAGUUAUUGUUGAUUUAUUCUUCGGAACUCUCGAUAUUUGUAAAUAGUCAUCUGUCUUGCGGAUGAAUGAAUAAUUAAGAAUAAUGCUGUAAUGAAUUCAUUAUUUGCCGAUUAAUUACGGAAUUUUAUAUUGAAUAUAAAAUGAUUUCAGGAGUCAAAGGGUUUUGAAUAAAAUAUCAAAUUAAUUUUAUAAGCUACACAUAUUUUCGUGGGUUCUGCUCAGUCAUUUUACGAAUUAAAUUCAGAUUCCACCAGUUUAAUAUCGAAAUUAUUGACUAUCACCACUUCACUAGAAUGGUGAGAACUGGUUGGUGGCUGGAGUGUGAGGGAGCAGUGCUCUUCAUCGUAGUUUAGGUCUUGUAAAUAAUUAUAAGUAGAUGAAGAAUUCGAGUUAUAAGAAUUUUGUCAUUUAAUGAUUGAAAUUAAUUGUAAGAUAUUUCGAGAAUUCUUCAGAUACAUGCGUACAAAAUUCUGUCAGUGCGGGCUGUUUUUUUUUUGGAGCUUGACAUUUCUUUUUCUUUUCUGCGAGUAUUCCUGGAUUAUUACAAGUACUGAACAUUGAAGAAGAAUAUGUAAUUUAAUACCCACUUGAGUGAUGAUUCAUGCCUUUCAUUGAAAAUCGCUGAUAUUUUCCUCUAGCUCCUGUAUAAUUAAAAAAAUCAUAAUUAAUAAAGUGAUAGAGCUAAAGAGAUCUACUUGACGUCAUAAUCAAUUAUGAAAAAUAUUUGCAGAUUAAUAGAAUAUAGUUCUAGGAUUUUUAUUCAUCUGUUUAAGAUCUCAUUCAGAAAUAAGUUAUGAAUUUUUCCAUUCCGUUGAUCUAGAAUAAAUAACUGAUCAGUGGAGAUUUAAUUACAGAUUCAGACAAUUGUAACAAUCAACUCCAGAGUUAUCUCAAGAAAAUUGAUAAGAAGCAUUUAACGUUUUUAAUUCAUGAAUACUCAAAGAAUUGUAAAACGAAAUGAGAAAAAAUUGUUUCACACGAUUAAAAACAGUGAAGCGACCAAUUUCGAGUAUACAUGUGAUUAUAUAAAUAAUGAGAGGUGUUCACGUCAAGAAGAUAUUGAGAAAUUUUAUUAUGAAUAAUUAGUUCAUUGAAAUAAAUUUCCCAGUGACCGAGGCUGACGUUUAAUACGUGAGAAAUCUGCAAUAAAUGAUUAUAAAAGGAAAAGUUAUUUAAAAAAUUGACAUGACCUGGGUAUGACACGAUUAUUUUUCGUUCGCCUCGGAAAUCUCUCAUUGAGAACGAAGAAAGGGGAGGGAGGGGGAUUGGGAGAGUGAGAAAUAAAUGGAGAAAAGGAACUGAGCUGGAAAUUUCAUUUUUCCUCCUUCAGAAAUGAACAACACCAUUAAUAUUGUUGACAUGCAAAUGAGAAAUUAUUUUCAAUUUAUUUUAUUCUGUUCGUCUCUUCGUCACCACUCGCAUUUGCAUUUUCUUAUCGUUUUUCUUUUCUUUUAUCUCAUAGAAUGAUUUAUUAAAACACAGGGAUGUCGUAUUGAAAAAAAUUGUGUCAAUAAAAUGUAAAAAUAUUUCCUCUCCAAUGGCGUGCACUUCCCCUUAUUCCGAUGAAUAAAUAUAAUAAAGAGAUUUUUCGUGAAAGAGGGAAAGAGAUUUGAUUUGAAAGAGAUCAUUGGAUAAAUUUCCUUGGAGAUUAUUUCGUAAAUUUGGAUUGAAGAAUAAAAUGUUUUUAUAUUUAUCUUUAAUCCAAUUGUUACUGAAAUUAUCGAUGGAGUAAAGUAAUGAAUAUAAAGUUCAAUUGCACGUGAAUUAUUCUUAAAUAUCUCAGGAACUGAAAAUUUACGGAGAAAACUGAUAAAAUUAUUUGUAGUGCAUAAAAUUUUAAUAUGAAAAAAAUUCUCACAUUUUUUUCUGUCUGAACCCAUAAUUUUUUUUAUUUCUCUUCAUGUGUGAAAGAAAAUAAAAGAAUUAUUGAUCCGAAAUAUUUCGCAACAUCAAAUCCACCGAAUGACGAUUAUAAAUUUGUAAUUGCCUUGAAAAAUUACUUAACAAUAAUU